AUGUUUCAGGGGUACGGUAUAAACUUGAGAAAAAAUCUGCAAGUGAUGUUUAAUGAGAAAAAAUUAAGAAAGCAGUUAGCACUAAAAAUUGAGGAAAUUAACAAAAAAAAUCGAACACUGCGUGCGCCAUUAAAAACAUUUGUUCCCAUAAUACUAAGCGUAUGUACAAGAGGGGAGGUAUUUAAAGCCGAGAGCGCGGUACUAAACAACCUUGAGUACAAUGCGUUUAUGGUCUUUUUAAUGCAGCGCCUAAAUAAUAUUGAUACAAUUGAUGCAGAUUUAUAUAUAGAAGCGGUGAAGAACGCUAUAAGAGACACUAAAACAACUAUUACGGGUAUAGAAAAUGCUGCAAAAAAAAUAAAGAUCCCAAAACAAAGAGAUGCAUACUAUAAACUGAUGAAUAGCAACCAUUUAUUUAUAGCGAAUAUUUCUAUAGUGAGAAGUUAUGUGUGGACCGAUAUAAUACAUGCACUAUAUCCAUAUUAUGCGACCAAAAAAUUAAAUAAAAUUAGCAGCUCUAAAGCGUUAGAUGAGAUUUUAGAGCUAACAGGAGAUGGCGAAUGUUCUAGGCUUCAAAAAGUGUUGGAUAUAAUAACAAACAAUACAGGAAAAUUUACUCGAUGCAAUGAGUUGGGAGAAAAGGAAUCAAAUUUAGAUACUCUUGGACUAUCAGAAGAGGAUAUUGAAUCACUACAUUUAUUUACAAGCGUCAAUUAUAAACAUUUAAGUAUGAUUAUAAAAAAAAUAUACAACUCAAUUAAUAUAGAAAGUACUAAAGAUGGCGACUUUGAUAAAAUAAUAGUUCUGAAAAGUUUAUUUUUCUUUUUAGAAAAUAGCUCGAAUUUUGCUCCCAUUGACGUAAGCUACUGCGAGAGUGAGUUUAAAUAUGCCUUGUACAACAGUCUACAGAGCUGUGAUAAUUGGGAUGUAGUGGAUUUUCUGUUCACAAUCCAAGAAACGUUAAGUCUAAAAAAAAUUAAGGGGUUUAGCUCUAUUAAAUUUAAAACUAAUGUGGGGGAUAAUUAUGUAAAAACUAUAAAGCCAAAUCUAGAUCCUUUCUUUAUCGAAAACAAUAACCAAGCAAGAAGAUGUCAAAGGCCAGUGGCUAAGCCGCCUAAAAACAACAGAACAGCAAAAAAAUUGAAUACAAUCACUCCAGGCCAAGAAACUUCUCAAAAUCAAGAAGAUUCCCCUUCUGAAUCUACGAAUUGCCAGCCAACUCUAGUAAGAAGUUCGAAUCAAUUAGUUAUAGGAAUAUUGACUAUUAUAGCAUUAGUUUUUAUCAGUAUAAUUAUAUACUGUUAUAGGGCGCUAGAAGUAAUAAUUCUGAAUUUAUUUGAAUAUUGAAUGGUUUGAUCCAGAUAAUAUCUACUAUAAACACUAUUCAUAGGUUACUAGAAAGAUUCAGAAAAAAGUUAUAGAAGUUCUAUGAAAGAUUGUUUAAUAUUAUUUCAUAAUUCAUCCUAUGUAUAAUAUAGCCUCAGA